AUGAGCUGGUCUGGAGGAGAUUGGAUGUGCUGUGCUUGCGAACACAUAAAUUUCAAGAAGAGGGAAGCAUGCCAAAAUUGCGGUUACCCUAAGUAUGGAGGCCCUGACCCAUCAACCUAUAGAUAUAGCAGGACUGAGACAUUGGCAGGGGACUGGUUUUGCACCGCUAUGAACUGUGGAGCUCACAACUAUGCAAGCCGAUCAAACUGCUAUAGAUGUGGUGCAUUUAAACAUGAUUAUUCUUCUGGAUAUGGGGGUAACAUGGCGAAUUCUGGAGGAUAUGGAUCUGAUUGCAGUUCUCCCCCAGGAUGGAAAAGUGGAGACUGGAUUUGCCCUAGAAUUGGCUGCGGAAUGCAUAAUUAUGCUAGCAGGACAGAGUGCUACAAAUGCAAAAUGCCAAGGGAUUAUGGUGGUGCGGACUAAAAGUAAGAGAAUUUCAGAAGAGUUGCAAUAUCACUUCUUUCCCUCAGCAUCCUUCUCUAAACUACAUCCUAUUUAGUUUUCCCUAUGUAAAGCUCUAGAUAAAUCAUGGAUCUAUGGCCUCUGUUAGAGUCAUAGUAAUGAUUUGUCAUUAGGAAGGAUAUCCAGCAGUUAUUGUUUCUUGCUAAAUGUACUGGCUAACAAGAAGCUUCUGAAAUCCACGUAUAUUUUUCGUA